AUGGUCACCAGGGGCUAUUACGGCGUGCCCGCGCGGUCCGGCUCCGACAUCAUCCAGGAGCUCUUCACUGCCGGCUUUGUUGCCAAGGGCGUCAACGUGACAAUCGCGAGGUUCACCAACGGCAGCCACGACGCCUCCUGCUGGCAGAUCUCGGGCAAGCCCGUUGGGGGUCUUCACACGGGGAUGGGGACCGCGCAGGAUCGCUGCUAUCACCAGGAGUGCGACGAUAUCAAUAACACGGACUUGGACCAGCCCACGUCCAUGGGGCUCAAUGCAGACUUCACCAAGAUGCAGGUUGUCAGCCAGAGACGCAGUUCAGAAGGCACCGAUGAGACUACAGGAAUCUAG